ACAAGUAACUUACCGAGACCAUUCAUGAAAACUUAAUGAUGUACAUAUUGCAUACGGUUGUUGAUCACAAACGAUGUGUGUUGGAUUAUUUCCUAUAAAGUGUUUGAUAGGAAUCAGUGACUCGCUGAUGCUUCCAGUCAAAAUAUAUUGAAAUUUUCAUUGGGAGUAACACCGCAUUCAUGAUUUGAAUGACAAGAUGGCUGCCAGACAUUUGCUGUCCGUGGCAGUUGCCCUGAAUUCAAGUUUGUGUUUGGACAAACUGUUGGACCGCAGCAGCAACGGAAACAUGUCGAACGAAACUAACUCAUCUGGAGAGAUUUCAUCCGGAGAUCAAGCCGCACCCGACUUCGAUCUUUCAUCCGGUAUGGCAUUCGUCGUCUCGCCAACAAUUUGCGUCAUCGGCAUUGUCGGAAAUGCUUUCGCCCUGGCAGUUUUCAGACGAUAUAAACGGUCGUCUUCGGCCCAUUUCCUUCUGAAGGCUCUCGCAAUAGUCGACAUGGGAUUUCUAUUCAAUAUACUUCUCUUUGACUUUGUUCAACAGCUUUUCUACUCCGCAUACUUUGACGAGACUGUUCAUACUCGUAAUUUCGGCAAUGUUCUAUGGGUGACUGGCGUCCUUAUCUAUGUCUUUGAGCUGGCGACGGUAUACAUGAUAGUAGUGAUAACCAUUGACAGAUUCAUACACAUCCGCUUCCCAAUGAGGGCACAAAGAAUGAACACCCUUCGUAACGCCAGGAUCGGAGUGGCGGCAAUCACGAUACUGACUAUCGGCAUGAGCAUUCCGGAAUUCGGUGAAUAUUACAUGUAUCAAGACCCUUGCAGAGAGGCACCAUAUUUUACGGUAGGAGAGCGGGCGUACGGACAAGACCACGGGUAUAACAUCGGGUUCAAGGUAGUGACCGUGACCUUAGUUUACGAUGUCAUUCCGAUGUUCUUCAUCAUUCUUCCGUUGAAUGUUGUUGUACUGAACAGUUUGAGAAAGGUACAUGUGACCCGGAAAUCGAUGCGUUCCUACCGGAAGGAAGAACCUAGGAAUAAGAAACGGUACCGGAAGUCAGAUGAUGGCAGCUCCGCCAUUAUUGUUGCCAUGGUGAUGAUGUUUAUCCUUUUAAGGUUACCCGGAUGCUGUUUGCAUAUUGCCUCUAUUGUCGCGCCUUUGGUUGAGAUCGACAUUUUAGGGCAUGUCAGAAAGGCCGCGGCGAUUACGAAUGUUUUGAUAACACUGAAUUCCGGCAUAAACGUUAUCAUUUAUUUUAUGGUAGGAAAGAGUUUUAGGCGCACUUUGAAGGAAAUAUGUUGCGGACGGUGUCUAAAGCCGCCAGAGGAUAUGCUUCGGACCAAUUCGACGGAGAUGACGACUGCCCGGGUAUCUCAGACUGAGACGGAGCGUUUCUAAGACCGUGGAUGUUGUUGGAAGUGUUGGAGAGCGGUCAUUUAAUUGGUAAUGCUGAUGCAUUGCUGAAAUAGGGGUCGGCGCCCCGCAUGAGGCGCGCCUAAGUAAAUACUAUCAGCUAGACACGUCCGACCAGAUAGCUCCCAGAGAAAAAUUAACUAGGUCAUACAUUCAAUCUCAAUAUAACCACUUGUGCCCCCUUGCUUUUAUCGCAGAUUGUCCUGGCCUGUGAACGGAUCAACUGCAUCAAUCAUGUUUAACCUAAAAUAUUGCAUGGUAUCUGCUAAAACAGAGCUCUUCCGGUCGUUCGUAGUAAUCCCUGUUUUGGGAUUCAAAGUUAGUGUUUACGAGCUCUUUCUUUUCUCUUUUCGAAAACUGGUCACAUCUGAUCUCCAGUUCAACGCUGUUAUAGGGAAAACCAACAGCAUUUU